AUGUCACUUUUCGGUCAUCAGCAGCUCUACGGCGCAAACAAUCACAUCUGCGGUUGCUACUACACAUUGAAGAGACAGCGAAAAUACCUUCCGCAAGUUAGGCUCGACUCUCAUACGACACUGACGCCAGUCUCCUUUGAAACCACUCUAACGCAACGCUUUCACAACACAAACGAUGCAGCUGUGCCAGAGAUACGGUACACGUUUCCACUCUACGAUGGUGUCACAUUAUGUGGCUACACGAUCAGAUAUGCGAACGAGUGCCUGAAAGGCAUCGUGAAAGAGAAGGAAGCCGCCAAGCAAACGUUCAAGGCGGCGGUCGAUCGAGGAGAGACCGCUGGGCUGCUGGAAUGUUUACCUGCUGGAGUCUUUGGAGUCACGCUUGGGAAUGUGCCUGCUGCGGCGGACAUCACUGUUGAAGUUCUAUACUGUGGAGAGCUCAAACAUGACGCAGGAAUCGAUGGUCUACGUUUCAUUCUCCCGACCAGCAUCGCCCCUCGCUACGGCACGUACCCAGGUCAAAUCGUGAACUCCAACGUAUUGCUAGUUGAUGGGAUGAAGAUCACCGUGGAUAUUGAUAUGGGUGAUUCCAAGAUUCGGAAAGUACAAUCACCAAGUCAUCCUAUCGCACUGCAAAUGGGUGAAUUGUCAACUGCAGUCAAAGACACGCAGGCAACGGAGGCGCCAUUCUCCAACUCGCAAGCCUCCGCUAGUCUAUCGCAAGGAAGUUGUGAGCUCAGCGGAGAUUUCGUGUUGCAAGUGCAGAUCGACGACAUCAGUCGGCCACAAGCCAUUGUCGAAACGCACCCCGACUUUCCUGGUCACCGAGCUUUUAUGGCCACACUGGUACCAAAAUUCGUCCUCAAGCCCGCUUCACCUGAAAUUGUGUUCAUUGCAGAUCAGUCCGGGAGCAUGUCCGGCGGAAAGAAUAAGGCUCUCGUUGCGGCGCUUCAGGUGUUCAUCAAGUCUUUGCCACUUGGUGUUCGUUUCAACAUCUGCGCAUUUGGAAACAGUUACAGGUUUCUGUGGGCAAAGUCUCGUGCCUACAAGGAAGAUCAUGUGGCUGAAGCAUUGGCGUUCGUCAGCAACUUUCAGGCGAGCUAUGGUGGCACUGAGAUGCUUGAGCCGAUCAAAGCCACUUUCAAGAAGCAUCUCAAGAACUUGCCGUUGGAGAUCAUGCUACUUACGGAUGGUGAAAUUUGGCAGGAGCAUCAAGUCUUCAGCUACAUCAACGAACAAAUCCGUGACAAGAGCGUCGAUGCCAGAGUCUUCGCUCUUGGCAUUGGAAAUGACGUUUCUCACACCUUGGUCGAAGGGAUCGCAAGAGCUGGAAGUGGAUUCGCACAAUUUGUCACUCAGAAUGAGGAUACCGAUGCAAAGGUUAUCAGAAUGCUGAAAGCAGCAUUGUACCCACAUACCAAGGACUAUUCCAUGGAGAUUAACUACAAGCACGAUCCCGGCAGCGAAGAAGUUGACGACUUUGAGUUUGUGGAGCGAGUGUCCAACCUGCUCAAGAUCGACGACGCUCCAAACAAAGCGCAGGAGAAACGAGAGUCUGGUGAACCAAAGUCGUUCUUCGAUCCCACAGCCGACGCGGACUCACUCAUCAACAACGAACCAGUCGAUCGCUACGCUAAUCUGCCUAUCAUUGACACACCACGAAUCCUCCAAGCGCCGUCGACAAUCCCGCCGUUCUUUCCGUUCAGUCGAAGCACAGUAUUCAUGUUGCUUGGCCCGGAUUCGGCACAGAAGGAGAUCAAAUCUGUCACUCUGCGAGCGCAAGCUCCAUCUGGACCUCUGGAACUAGACAUCCCGAUCUCCGGAAAGAUCCAAGGGACUUCUAUCUACAAGCUUGCGGCUCGUAAAGCAAUUCAAGAUCUUGAGGAAGAUCGAGGCUGGCUUCAAUCGGCCACGAGUAGCGAAGACGCUGAAACUUUGAUCAAGAACAAGUACGAGAGUCGCUUCGAUGAGAUUGUCGAACGUCAAGCCGUGCGUCUUGGCGAAAAGUUCCAGGUUGCUUCAAAGUGGACCUCUUUCGUGGCGGUCAAUAACGAAAGAAAUGAUGAUGGAAUGACUGAGGCAGGCGAAACGUUGUCCAUUCCCCAGGUGAGGGCUUCGCGGUCGCGCGCCCACAUGUCUGCAAAUCAACCACCAGGAACUUUGUUUAGCAGCGCGGCAUCAAAUAGUAUGGCACCUGUCUCACCAGAGAUCGAUCAGGCUACAAUGCAACAAUACCAGCAAGAGAUGCAACAAGCUUAUAGCAUGCCCAUUUCGGACGAAGAGGAAGCUGAAACCCUUGCGAUGGGCUCAUUCGACUCACCACCUAGGGCACAAGCUGCCACGGAUGACGAUGACGAAGACAAGGGCUUUGGCUUAUUCGAUUCACCACCUCCCCCACCAGCGCCUCAUGUUCCUGCACCCGCUCCAUCUGCUUUUGUUAUGCACCAGCUCAUCGGACUCCAGAUGUUCAAUGGGGCUUGGAAGUGGAGUCAAGAGCUUCUGGCUCAUAUCGGCGUCGAUGAAACACAGGUUCAGAGAUUGAAGUUCGCUGAUAAUGCUGAUUCUGAUGUCGCAGCUACAGCGCUUGUUGUUGCAUUCUUUGAGAACAAGUUGACGGACAAGAAGGAUGUGUGGGAAUUUGUUAUCGACAAAGCACGUGCGUUCCUGCUCCGUACAUUGGGGAAUGAGUUCAAGGUUGUGAGUGCUGUGGAGGCUGCUGCGGCUCGUUUGGGAGGAGACGAAAAGGUGUGA